AUGAAGAACCCACUUCACAAUCCAUUGCCAGCUUCACUAUCAAGCGAGUGCAAGAAAGCAGCAGCAAUCCUAGAAUCAUUCAUCAACCCCAAGCUCAAGAUCGAUGGAGAAAUACCACGCAAAGUCUUUAAAGGCGCAAAGGGAAUCGCCAUCUUCACAGCCCUACGAGCAGGAUUCCUAGGCUCAGCCCGCUUCGGCUCAGGGCUGAUAGUCGCUCGUCUCCCAGAUGGAAGUUGGUCAGCUCCGUCAGCAAUAGGAAUGGGCGGUGUCGGCGCAGGCGGACAAUUCGGCAUGGAAUUAACGGACUUCGUAUUCGUUUUGACAACCGAUUCAGCUGUGAAAACAUUCAUGCAGGCCGGAAGUUUGACUCUCGGUGGGAAUAUUUCUAUGGCAUUCGGACCUAUUGGUCGGAGUGCUGAAGCAGGCGGUAUAUUGGGGGCUAAAGGCGGUGCUGGAGUAUUCGCUUACUCAAAGACUCGGGGGUUGUAUGGUGGUGUUACGGUUGAGGGUGGCUUUAUCGCUGAGCGACCUCAUGCGAAUAAGAAGUUUUAUGGGCGGAAGAUGAGGGCUGUUGAACUUUUGACGGGGCUUGUGCCUUUGCCGGCAGAGGCUGCGGUUCUGAUGGAUGUGCUUAAUGGAGAAUUCUUCAUUGCUGAAAGGGUUGGUGAGGCUUCUGCUCAAGACCAUGAGCAUUUAGAUCCUCAGACUACUGGUACGAUUGCUGGAGACUCUGGCGAACAACCACAAAGUGGUUCUGCACCUGCCGCUGGGCAGGCACCAGGCACGGAGCCUGUUGCAGAGCAGGCGCCCCAGCUUCCGGAGUUGUACAAUUUCGAAAAUCUCGAUAUGGCCCAAAAGCCAAAUGUUCAAGAUCCCAAUUCGGUGGUGGCUCGGGGAUUGGUUGCUGAGCAAGGUGCGCAGCAAGAAACACAAACCAUGCAAUUAUCGAAAGAUGCCCAAGAGCCUCUCUCCGUAGUCGACCAAGACCUGGAAGUCAGAGAAGACGGAGCAAAAAACGUCCAGCCUACGCAAUUUUUGAAAGAUGCUCAAGAGCCUCUUCCGGUGGUUGAUCAAGCAUCAGCUGCAGAGCAAGAUGCUGAACAAGACGUCCAACUCACACAAUCUUCCAGCAAUGCCCAUGAUUAUACCAAGGAAGAGACUGAACGCCCAGCUUCUAGUGUUCAACAAGACUUAUCUGAGGAAAUGGUCAGAAAAGAGGCAAAAGGGAAAGAGCCAGAGGUUAUCAAACCAGAGGAGAGACCAAGUGGGCCGAAUAUCGAGCAUGCUCACUAA